AUGGGUACCAAUCGAAUCGACUGCUACUUGGAUAUCGCAUCUCUCUACAGCUAUGUCUGCUUCGAGGACAUGCAUCCAAACCUCGGACGGUUACGUGCCAACGGCAUCGAGGUGGAGUUCCAUCCCGUCUUCCUAGGAGGCCUUCUCAACCUCACUGGCAACAAGCCGCCGUGGACGUCUGCGGCCAAAGCCAGGUAUCUCGGCUACGACAGCCCACGAGCAGCCCGUCGGGUCGGCAUCACCGACUACGCACCGCCCGAGGAUCUCCUGCAGAGGGCCAAGACCCAGUCUGCUCUCCGGGCGCUCCUCUUCGUCAAGGCCAGGUUUCCGAGGGAGACGUUCCUGUCCGUGCUGCGCUUCCUGCUGCACAGGUUCUGGACGCCGCCGCACGCCGACGUGGUGGAUGAGGCGAGCCUCAAGGCUCUGCUGCUCCAGGCGACGGAAACACCGACGCGGGGCAGCAGGCUGUUUACCGAGCCUGACGUGGACGCCAUCAUGCAAGGGAGGGCGGAGAUGAAGGGAAAACUCAUCGAGGACACGGGCAGGCUUGCCGAGGACGGCGCGUUCGGGUGUCCGUGGCUCGUGGCCACCAACUCGAGGGGGGAGGUUGAGCCGUUUUUCGGGAGCGACCGGUUCAAUCACAUGUACAUAUUUCUUGGCCUCCCGUUCCAGGACGUCGUUGUUCUGGAACCAGGCGCUAAGCUGUAG